GAGGGGAAACAUGGCACAGUAUAUAACGCCCGAAACCCUCGAGGUUCUCAGACUUUCAAAGCUAUCAUAUUCAGCAAACACCAUUGCAAGACCAUCUCAAAAUGACAGUCCACGAAGUCAAGAACCUCUCCGAGUUCAGGGAUACCCUUGAAAAGAACACAGUCGUCCUUGUAGACUUCUGGGCCCCAUGGUGCGGACCAUGCCGAUUCAUCAGCCCCGUCGUAGAGAAGUUGUCGGAAGCAACUGAAUCGAUCUACUUUGUCAAGGUCAACGUUGACGAGGCUGAGGAUAUUUCUCAAGAGUACGGCAUCCGAGCGAUGCCUACCUUCAUGCUCUUCAAGGAUGGCGAGAAGGCUGAUGAGGUUGUGGGAGCAGACCCUUCUAAGUUGGAGAAGCUUGUGCAACAGUACAAGAGCUAGAUGCCAUUUGGAAUCAGUGUUUUAUCUAUGUUAGACAGAAUAUGGUUCGGCAUAGUAUUGAUCAUCACCUGAGCUGGAAACCGCAGAGACUUUGAACUUCAUGUGACACAAAAGUUUGUUGCUUAACGGUAUCCAUGUCCCUCUCGACAUGCUUCUUAAACAAC